CCGCCCUCCCGGCCUCCGUGAGGAGGAAGCGGCCGGAGGGGCCGGGAUGGCGGCGGCCGCGGCCCUGCUCGUCCUCCUGCUCCUGCUCCGCGCCGCGCAGGGUUUAAAAGCAUUCAAUUACUCCUUCCCUUGGAAUGGACAGCAGCAGAUGUACGAGCUGGACAUAGGCUGGCCUAAACUUCCAGAAUACUUUACUGGACAAACAUUUUGUGUUGCUGUUGACUCUCUUCAUGGUUUGGUCUAUGUGGGUCAAAGGGGGGAAAAUGUUCCAAAGGUCCUUGUGUUCUCAGAGGAAGGCUAUUUUCUUUACUCCUGGAAUGAUACAGUUGAAAUGCCUCAUGGUAUCUUUGUAUUGAACACUGCAACGGAUAGUUCAGUAUGGAUCACAGAUGUUGGUACAGGGAAAUAUGGGCACACAGUGAAACAGUAUAGCCCUUCGGGGAAACUUCUGCAGGUCUUGGGCACGCCAGGUAAUGCUGGCUCAAGUUUGAUUCCCCUACAGUUUGAUCAACCAGCAGAUAUCUUUGUAGAGGGAAGUGGAGACAUCUAUGUUGUGGAUGGAGAUGGAGGAAUGAAUAACAGAUUGCUCAAACUAUCCGACGAUUACAAAGAAAUAUGGCUGGCUGGAACAAAUGGGACUGGCAUUGGUCAGUUCAGGAUUCCUCACAGUGUAACAGUGGAUCUUUUUGGACGGGUAUGGGUUGCAGACAGAGACAACAAAAGAAUCCAGGUUUUUGAUAAAGUCACAGGAGAAUGGCUCGGGUCUUGGAGCAGCUGUUUUUCAGAAGAUGGACCCUAUUCUGUCAGAUUUACUGCCAAUCACAAAUACCUGAUUGUAGCUCAGCUGAAUAUCAAUCGGUUAGCAAUCUUGGCAGCACCACCAGUUGGCUCUAUUGGGGACUGUGUUAUGGUCAGUGCAGUCCAGAUGGCAGAUGAAACCAAACCACACCUUGUAGAUGUAGACAUGAAGAGUGGAGCAGUCUAUGUCGCAGAGAUUGGAGCUCAGCAAGUACAAAAAUACAUACCCUUAGGCUGAUGGUUUCCCACAACUGCCGUGGCACAAGCUGUGUGACAUACAAGACCUACGACCACAUGUCCUUGAGUUGUCUGUAACUUGUGUUUCUUGAAACAAGCACAGAACAGUGUGUUCCCAGACUGUAGAGCUAAAAAUCUGUCCUGCAGUCCUGGAGAAGUACUUGAUGUCCUGAGUUGUUACUCAGUUUAGCAAUGCUAUGGUGGAUUUUGCUUUUAUUGCUGGGAAUUGUAAAGUGGCUUUGGUAAUCAUCUUCAUUUUAUUGUAUAAAACUUUACAAACACAGCUGUUGUUCUUAAAUGUGUAGUGUCAUCUUGGGUCUCCUCUGCUUAGUCUCUGUGUGUUGAAUGAAGGUCAGAUCUGCCUGAAAGAAGCAUAUAAAUUAUUUCCUGGGAGGUGAGCACCUCAUUUUAAUGUUUCUUCACUUUUUUUUUUGUUGGUUUUUUUGUUGUUGUUGUUGUUGUUUGUUUUGGGGUUUUUUUUUUAAGCAUUGUGCUGGUACUGCCCAACACUGGGAUGCAUUAUGAUGUUGAAAAAUAUGCUGCUGGAUACAAGUGUCAGGUUUGAUACUGGCAUCUGCCUUAGGUAGUUAAUGAGAUAAGCAUUAAAAUCUAAGUUUUCAGCUCUAGCUAAAGCGGUAAAGUCUGUAAUAAGCUUAAGUUAAAUUGAUCAGGCACUUUAAACUAAAUUAAGAGCAUGUGCACAGCAGCCAAGUACUGAUUCUUAACUUAAUUAGUUCUUAACCUGAUUUGAUUUGUAUCAGCAUGAGUUUUCUAUUCUGUAAGAUUUCAUAGUGGAACAUAUUGAAGUUAACUCAUUUAAGUUCCUCAAGAUAAACAAAUUGCAAUUUGCUAGGAAAGUCUUAAUCAACAUUUGGAAUUGGGAGACACAUUAUUUUCUCCCAGUUUUAUUGAAGCUUUGUCAGUUAACAGCAGUACGUCUGUUUUGAUUGGAGGGUUUUUAACUGUUUUAUAUCCAAAACUUAGACUUUAUCAACUCCAUUAGUGUCUAGACUUCAGUUGCUCAUGGUACAGCCUAACAGAUGUCUCCAAGCUGUCCCAAAGAAUGCUCUCUUUCCAUUCCCAGUCCAGAGUGGUUCUGUUUUCUUUAUAUGUUGCUACAAGAUUUUGAGUUGGCUCACUAUAGCACAGAGGGAACUGGGUAUAGGAAAGUGGGACGGGGAAAAUGAUGUGCUAGAAAUUAGAAUGUGAAUAACUGAUUACCUUUGUAAAGCUGUGGACCCACAUUCCAUAUUUAUCUACUAGCUCUUUGAAACACUUAGGAGGAUUUUUGCUGUUUCCGCAUGCUUAUUCUACUGUGUGGACUAUUUUAAUGCUAAUUGCCAGCUAAGAGAGGCAUUUUUUUCCCCUACAUUUUUUACUUUCUUAGAAAGGGAAUAUGGGAAGUAGAAUUGUUCUGAUAGGAAAUACCCACUUCAUGAAUGUUACCAAAAGCAAAUGCUUCUUAAUCUGGCAGGUUUCAACCUGUGAUCACAAAUCUGUGGGUCAGAAGAUGGAAAAUCUGUCCAGAAAACUCAGAUUCAUAUUUUCUCUGGGAAGUAACGUGGCUGUGGAGUCUGAUUGCCUGAUUUCAGUACUAUGUGAUGUUAAUGCUCUAAAUGUGAAUGCUUUGUUGUUAGCUACAUCCACAUAUUAAGAAGACCAGAUCUUACCUGGCUGCCCCCAGGCAAGCCUUAGAACCAAAACUUGAGUUAGAUACUAGCAAAUGCGGUCCAUUAUUCACAUGGUCUUGAAUGGGAGCAAGUAAGCAAUAUUUAUUAGCUGAAAAAGUAGCAGACCUCCAUCUAGACCCAGAUGUAUAGGUCCACUUUUCUUUGCAGUGUGUUGUGUGGAUUUUCCAACUAGGUCUCCACUAGCUCAGGGAUCUCUGCUCUGUGUGCAAUUGAGCUAUUUCUCACCUACACAAGAAUUUCUUUUAAAAAUAAUUAUUGUAGUAUCAUUAACUAUAUUUGAGUGUAUCUUGGUGAUGUAAGGGAUCCAGGCACAUCCAUCAUUCAACACCACACCCUUUAUUUACUUUUCCUUUGUCACAUCCAUUUGAAACUGGACUCAAAGCUCUCUGGGAACAUGCUUCUGUGUUCAGUAAAGGUGUAGUGCACUUUCGGAUGUUGACAAAUAUUUCUGCAAGGUUCUGUUUGCUGCUUGGAUCUGCUCUCAGCUCUUUUCAUGGGCUUUUGCAGCCCCUAGAAAUGGGGAGCACUCUAUUUUGUCUGGCUUUACUGAAGUAGACCAUGAUGCCAAAAUGUGCCUUGCCUCUAGGCAUUUGGGUGUCUGUGGUAACAAGGGAUGCUGAUUAUUAACUAGUAUGAGAUGCUUAGGCUUCUUUUUAUUUGUGUUUAUGAUUAGACUGAGAAAAUGAUUGAUUUAUGCUCUAACUUGCUAAUUCUCUGAAGGUUUUCAUAUAUAUCAUACUGAAAAUGAUUUCUGGAAAAUUGCAUUGAAGGAUAAUUUCCUAAAAUAAAUUGAUAAUUCCUUAUUAUGAAA